AUGGAACGUCCGAUUUUGGUCUCAAACAAGUCCCGAGCAGGACUCGGGCUGGUAGCCGCCUUUUUUUGCGCCGCGUGUCUGAGCGGAGUAUCGAUGGGUGUGACCGCGGCAACACAAACAAAGCCAAACUGCACGACAGAGAAUCAGAUGACAGCAUGUGUCUGUGGCACGUCUGGAAGUGUUCACGUAGAAAGAGGAAAUUCAUCCGAAACUGCAACUCUGUCAGAGUCGACGAAUGUUAUCACUGUAAAAUGUGCUGAAUCGGGCUUCGAGUUUGUCCCCUCCGAUGUAAACCUCGUAUGUGUUGCGAAGAAUCAGGCGGAUUUGCUGGCAGCAUGUGAAAAAGGUAACAAUAGCGUAUCUCCCAUCAAAGGCUUCCUGAUCGAUGUCAGCGACAGCAACCUGCCAGAAUGGACCGCACCCUCGGACGAAAAAAAGGGUCAUUCUUUAACAUUUCCAAAAGGAAACUUCCCUCUUAGCGACAGAAGCUUCUUCGCAGGGUGCCUGAAAAAAAAUCAAGAACCCCUUACUAAUGAUGAGUGCGUGGUCGAAGUACGCGUCAAGGCCAGGACCUCGGCAGUGAAGGACAGUGUCCUCACUUGCGCCUACGGCAAAGAAAGCAACUCGUCUAUUCCAGAAGUAACACUAAAUUCCGAGAACAACUCGCUGACUAUCCUGUGUGGCAGUGAGGGAGUGAUGCAACCGAACAAGGACUCUUUGACUGCCUACUACUGCGCCGGCUCCAACACAAAUGACUGCAGGGAGGUGAACCUGACUGAGAUCAUGCCGACUUUUACAUCCAGCUGGUGGGCAACGGAUGAGCAGAACAGUAGGGCACCGAAACUGGUGAUUCCGGAAGAUGGCUUUCCUUCCCAGGAAGAAACGAUCGUCUUGGGAUGCAACAAAAAGGGGAACACCGAAGAAGCGGAGGAUGAGCAAGAUGGUGUAUCCACAGCUGCAACGCUGCCCACAUGCAGAGUGAAGGUGACACUCAGUGCCCAGACCUCCGGAUCACAGGCCCCAAAUGUUUCCUUCAUCGGAUGGUUUGUUUCGGCCCUAAUUCUGCGUUUCCUUGACGCUUACUGA